AUGGGAGUCACAUCCGAUCUUCAGCUCCUUUGGCUGACAAAGUUGUCGACGGGAGCCGACUUGACGACGAGCAUCGUGCUCACGUUCCUUGUCGGCCUCUUUUGUCUCCAGGUCCUUGCUGCCACCGACAAGUCGAGCGGCUACAACCCAAUCAAAUACGUCCAGAACCGGAUCAAAACAUGGCAGUAUCUUUUCAAAGGGCAGAAGAUCAUCCAGGAUGGAUAUGAAAAGUCGGGAGGGAAACCUUAUGAGGUUCUCGCUCCAGACAACCGCUACGUCUUCGUGUCUGACCCCAAGUACAUCCGCGAACUCGACAAGGCUCCCGACAAUGUGCUGUCACUCCAAGGCGCAGCCAAGCAGAUGCUGCAGCCAAUGUACACGAUGCAGCAUUUCAAUUGGUUCGUCAUUCGGGGGACGGAGGGAGUUGGCUUCAUCCGUGCUCUCCGGACACUCUUGACCAACAACUUGCCCGAGAUCCUCCCGGAUCUGAGCUCCAUUAUCAGGUCUAGGAUGGCAGAGCUACGAAACUCUCAUCCCACAAUCAAAGGAGAGAAGCAUAGCCCUGUUUAUCCUAUGAUCGUGAAGCUAGUGGUUUUAUCCAAUGCUGUCUCCUUCUUUGGCAAAGACCUAGCUAAGAAUGACGCCUUCAUGGAGUCCGCCCUCGAGUACAUUGAGCAGACACUGAUCUGCGCGGAAAUCGUUCGUCUUCUCCCCAAGUUCAUGGCUCCUAUCGUCGGAAACCUCCUUGGUGCUCGCCUCAAGGCACAGGAUGUCAUCUUCAACACUUUGAUGCCCAUUGCAGAGCAGCGUGUUAUCGAGAGAGAAGCCAAGGCCAUGGGACAGGAAGUGCCCCAUCACCCCGACUGUAUUCAAUGGAUUAUGGAUACUUCACCACGACAGAAUCCCUGGUCCGCCCAACGCGUGGUCCACGAGCUGAUGGCCAUCUGGUUUGGAUCGGUCCAUGCUGUCUCUACGACAAUUACAUUUGCAAUCCAUGAUCUCUGUUUGCAUCCCGAAUACGUCGAGCCUUUACGCAACGAGCUAGUCCAGGGAUAUGCCGAGUUUGAGCGUACCUCAGUCGGACUUCCUCUCCUUGAUAGCUUCAUCAAAGAGUCAGCUCGUCUGACUCCAGUUGAAGCCCAGAGCUCUCGGCGAUCUGUUCUCAAGCCCUUCACCUUCUCUGAUGGCACCAAGCUCGCCGUCGGUGAGUGGGCGUGCACGCCUGUCCGUUCCAUCAUGCAAAACCCAGAGUUCUACCCCUCGCCGCUAGAGUUCAACGGGUUCCGAUUUGCCGACCCGAACAUCCUUGGAGACGCGGGAGACGCCUUCAAGUAUAAGCAGCCGAAGCCGUCGAAGCUUACAGACUGCGACAACACAUUCCACGUCUGGGGAACAGGACGUAUGGCUUGUCCGGGCAGGUACUAUGCCACGGCGGUGAUGAAGGUCAUCAUGGGGCAGGUGAUAUUGCACUACGACUGUGAGAUGGUCGAGCAAGCAGGUCCCCGAUUCUUCGAAUGGAGAUCCACCAUCCUGCCCAGGAGCAACACGAUGAUCAAGUUCAAGCCCCUGCAUGCUUGA